AUGCAGCAAGAACCUCCCCUUCCGAGGCCAUCACCAACCGCUACAGGUAAAAGGGUGUUGGAAGUUGAUCCAAAUUCGAUAACGCAAGAAGGCUCAACAAAGAGUAGACGAGGCUCUCGGGGUUCUGACACUGAAGAAUCUGAGUACAAAGAAGAUUUGAUAUCACUCAGAGAGGCGGAGAAACAGGCAAAGAGAAACGAGCUAUACACAGAAAAAGAAAAUUCACCUUCUAUGAUUACAAAGGUUUUUCGCAAGGUUUUACCAGGUUACAACACUGAACGAUCUCUAGUGACAUCUGAAGAGAGACACCCAAAUGAACGACAUAAGAUUUCUAGCUAUGGAGACAACUCUUCCCAGCCGUGUCAAUCAGCAAGGCGUACAGUGAAAAAUGUAACAAGCAUGGAAGCACAGAGCCAAUUCGCUUUGUUGGAGGAAGACUAUAAUCAACUGCUUCAGGGAAACGAGAAAAAACACGAGGCCGAGAGAAGAAAGCUCGAAGACUAUGUGAAGAUCCUUGAACUUCAGGUCCAAGACAGUGAGCAAUUAGUACACACAUUGCAAGCAAGAAACGGACAACUUGAGUUCGAAAAGCAGGAUAUAGAGGAACAGCACAGAACCUUCAUUCGAAAACAACAGGAAACAACAUUCCGACAAAUGAAAAGCUCACGCUGGAUGCCUGCCGAGGAUAGUAAAGUCAUAGAAGAUCUUGAUAGACUUAAGAAAGACAUGAGAAAUUGGGCGAAAAAAGCGACGGUAAAUGAUAUGGAUACUCUCCUCGGAUCGCUUGGAAAGCGCGAAAGUGCAGCUCUGAAGGAGGCCUUAACACAUGUGGUUGUGUUCGAAAAUGGUAGACUCCCUCAGGGCUUGUCUGCGAAAAAGUACCCAGGUUUACUUCUGACUGCUCUACUCACCCAUCAUGUAUACCAAACCUUGUUUAAGAGUCCAUUUUUCUUCAUCGACGAUAACAUGGUGGAUGGAAGAUGUGUAAUGUCAGAGUACCGGGUGGGUCUAGAAUUUGUCUACCGCACAGGCCAAUAUUCAAAUAAAGGGGAUGCUCAUAUCUGGCGAUCAGAUUUUUUGAGGCUCCAAUUGCCACCAAUGACUCCCGAGACUUCAGAAAAGGGAAAAGAUCUACAUCGCACGACUGAGGAUCAGAUAGUUCGGGUCGCAAAUCGACAAGCUUCGAAGUUCCUAGAAGGAGCAGCUCAAUAUAUCAUCAGCAAUGAAGGCCAAGACAUACUUGCAGACAAGCUUAGAGUUAUUUACAGCGAAGCAGCCAGUAUUUCGUACAUGCUCUGGACAAGAAGAACGGCACUGAAUGUGUAUGUCUUGGAGAAUAUGAGAGAUAUGCGUUUCCCGUUCGAUAAUAAGUAUGUGGUUCCGCAUUCUUCAGUAAACUACGAAGAACAUGAGGAUCAGCUGGAAGGCAGGGCUCUCAGUAUAAUUGUGCACCCAUGCCUGGUUGUCUCCGGUACAGAUGAUGCUAAGAAUUACGACCAGCGACGCGUAUGGGCACCGGCGGAAGUAUGGCUUGACAGCAGUGUCUCGUCCGGCAAUUAG